AGUAAGAAAAAAUUUAAAUUGAGUGCAAAUCAACUUGGAUUAUUCUGUUCCAUCAACUUUCUUUUUAAGUGCAUCAAUUCUCAAAAAUGGCUAUGGGGUUAGUGAGAAAAUCUUCAAGUUUGAUACUAAUAAGCAAAUGUACAGCUGCAUUCUCACCAACAUACACCCACUGGAAGGAGGUUGGUCCAGAAGAUUAUGCAGUUACACUACUUAAGAGAAGUUCUAAGAGCAAAUUUAUGCCAGAUGCCCUAGUGUUCCCUGGAGGUGUUCAUGACGUUGCAGACGCAGACCCAGCAUGGCUUGAGCUCUUCAGCAAGUGUGAAGUGUCAUCUCAGAAAAUCAAUCAAUUAUUCAGACAGCCUGAUGCUCUGCGAGCUGGAACAUACAGGAGUCUUGCCAAGCAAAUGGAAAUGUUGCCAAAUCAAACAGAAGACGCGAUGAUGUUGCCCGAGUUCUCCUUGCGACUCACAGCUCUACGGGAAACUUUUGAAGAGACAGGAUUGCUGCUCGCUCGGCCUGUCGUUGCCGGAGUGCCGAGUGAUCCCAUUGCUUUAACUGAGCACGGGGCAUAUCCUAUCUCAAUGAACAGCACAUUAUCCAACGAAGAGCUUAUGAAAACACAUACAAGAUAUGGGGCAGUUAUGGGGGAGAACUUGAAGGGAUGGCGGGCUGCAGUUAAUGCUGAACCUGCAAAGUUUGCAGAGAUGUUUGCGAGCACCCGAGGCAUGAAGGGCGCACUGCUGCCGUGGGUGGAGGGGCUGGUGGAGUGGUGGGCAUGGUUGACGCCCAUCACCUACCUGACGGCGCGCUACGACACGAUGUUCUACACGGCGCUCCUGCCGCACCUCGAGCUCCUGCCUCACAUGAUGUCCGCCUGCAGCGAGAGCUCGCAGCUCCUUGUGGUGCGACCGUCUGCUGCAGUGCAGGAUCAUCAGUGUGGCAGUUCAUGGCUCGCUCCUCCGCAGCUGUACGAGUUCGGUCGUCUCGCGCGCUUCAGGAGUCUGGCGGAGGUGGCGGCGCACGUCGCCAGCAGGACGGGCGCCGGGGCGCGCGUCGCGGCCGCCGUGCACACGUGGACGCCGCAGGUGUACAAGAGCCUCGACAGCUUCAUCACCACGCUGCCUGGGGACGAGUUGUACGACCGCAACUACACGCUGGACGCCGAUGGAUCAGCGCCGCUACUGCAUUGUUCCAGCGCCGACCUGCGCAGCGCCUGCGCCGACGACCUGCCGAAACUCACGCGCUCGCCGGCCGACGCGCAGGCUGCGCUGCGCGACGCCCAACGCAGACCCAGCGUUCCCCUCAACAGAGUCGAGUCAAACAAGAGACUUCAUUGCUCCUUCGUCACCAAUACCAACACUGAUCAUGGUCAGGUCACGCCUGUGGACAUCUGCGGCUCUUUGUCCUAAACAAACUAUCCCAGAAGAGGUUUUAUACGAUGUUUUAUACUAAUGUCAAUCGCCGGAGGGUUCUAGACAUUAUCACAGAAAAUAUGCGAGAAUAAAAUGAAAACUCGACUUAAGUACAAGUUAUAAAGAUAACAAGGUCGUGACCGAGCUCAAAACAAGAGAGCUUUGUUUUAAUUUUAAAAUGUUGAGAUGAAGCCGACGUAUAAAUGAUGUAUAUAGAUAGGUAUGUGACCCAGAGAAGAAUUAUUGCGCCUAUAGUUUUGGUUGUGCCAAAAGGAAUGUUGCAAAAGGAACGUGAAAAUAUUUUAGCAAAAAAUUUAAUAAUCUAUAUUUUACUCUGUUUAUUGUAAUAUUUUUCGUACAUCAUGUACAUGUCACGAUUACGCAAGCAUUCGCAACUCGAUAGAAAAUUACGUGUAUAUUUCGUAAUCUUAAGUCAGUAAGAUAAAAACGCCUUUCGUUUGAGAGUGAAUAAAUGUGCAGGUAAAUGAGCCUCAGGCGAGAACGUUAUGAUUGUAGUCUAGUAGCUUGAAGCUCAAACCUUGUGAGGACAACAUGUUGUUAUCACCUAGCAAUAUCCAUACAUCUAUCUGGCCGUUGAUCUUCCUGUUAUCGUUAUCAUAAUGUUUCAUUGUUAUUGGUUCAUAAUAUUUAUUGUUCAUAAGAUUUAUGUUGUUCACUGUUAUAUUAUUUCAUAAUAUUUAUGUGGGAAAGUUAAAGACGAGAUCCUAUCUAAUAUGUAAAAUAUGGGUUUCAGGUUUUUUAUACAAUUAGAAUACAAAAGGUUUAUUGUUAUUUACGUGAUUAGGGAUGACGGGAAUACCAGGAUUGGGUUUCCAAAAUUGCAGGAAUUAACAAGUUUUGGUAAUGCCGGGUUAAAAUCUCAAUUUUUUCCAAUAAUUGUCCGACAGGUUUUCUCUACCAUGUCAUUAUAGUUCUUAGAGCAUCGAAUUUGCGUAGUAAUUGUUGAACAAACAAAUACGCUACGAAACCUGAAGAAUACGGAUAAUCUUGAAAUCGGAUAGUAAUUGGAUGCAAUCAAUUGAUAAUAUAUAUUUUUGUAAUAAAAUUUGUCUUAAGAUA